AAAUACUCUUUAGAAAGGAGCACAGUUAUAAAAUUGACCCCUUAAUUGUGAUACUGAUAGUCUGAAGUUUUUUUUGCAUUAUUGUCUGUUGUUAUAGCAUUGCAUUAAUGUAUAAAGCACAGCUCACACUGAAGUCACUCUCAAACCAAGCAGCUUUCUGUUAGUCAGCACAGUGAAUUCAUGUGACCAACUUGACAACUUAUUUUUACUCAAAAAAAUAAAAAAUAUUGAAAAAUUCACUCCACUCAAGGAAUAGCUCUUGUUGUUUCUUUGAAAGAAUCAAAGACGAGUACUUUGAAUCACCUCUUGAUUCCUGAGUCACCUCAAAGGGUCGUGUGAUUCACUGCCAGUGCAAUAAAUCCUCUAGAGAGGGAAUCGCCAUAGUAAUCCCAAUUCCUCCAUGCCAAGCUGCUCACUAGAAAACUCCCUCAUUUUAAUUAUUAAACUGAGCUCUAGAUGUAGUUUUGCUCUGUCCACUUCUGCAACACACAAUUAUUUGGGUGCAUACUGCUGGCAUAGAUGUGUUUUUCCCAGCAUGGGCCUGAGGGAGAGAAGAUGGAGGGGCCUUUUCAAGCAGGGAGUGACAGAUCUUUUAUUGAAAGAGACUGGGCCUCACACACACACCAUGCCCUCCCCAUCCGUGUCUGGGCCAUUGUCACCAGGCUUGGUACUCCUGAAGUACCCCACCCCAACCCCUUCCCACCCCUCCAAGGGUCUUUGUCACUGUAAGUCCUUCUGCAGACUGAAACAGUGCCAAACCUUACAAACACACACACACAUUAUGUGUCUUUUUCCCAAAGGCUCAUUCAGAAAGGCCCUUUGCUUGUCAGAAUGCAUCGAGCAGGUCUGCGCAGAUUGAGAACGCUCAACGGAAUGGAAAAACGGGGAGAGACUUAUGCCAUUAUCUAGUUUUGGUUAGAAGUGUGUGUGUGUGUGUGUGUGUGUGUGUGUGUGUGUGUGUGUGUGUGUGUGUGUGUGUGUGUGUGUGUGUGUGUGUGUGUGUGUGUGUGUGUGUGUCGAUAUUGACAACAUUCCUCUGGAGAUAAACCCUCUGGCCUCAAAGCCCCCAGCCCCACCCAGCCCCUCACAAGUGUGCAUGUGUGUGCGUGCAGGGGGAAAGGGGCAGUGCCCGGACCCCUACCGCCAGAUAGUGUAACACUGGAAAACAGUGAAGCAAAGACGUAGAGAGAGAGAGAGACGGUGUACUGGGAUGCCAACCAAAAUCACCAUUUGUGCAACUGAUGCUGGCACCAGUUUCCUCCGUGCAGCUCGCUCAGGUAAUCUGGAAAAGGCUCUCGACCACAUCAAGAAUGGCAUCGACAUCAACACAGCCAAUCAGAAUGGACUCAACGGGCUGCACUUGGCUUCGAAGGAAGGCCAUGUUAAAAUGGUGCUGGAACUACUGCACCAUGGCAUUGUUCUAGAGACGACCACAAAGAAAGGAAACACUGCUCUUCACAUAGCCGCGUUAGCUGGACAGGAGCAGGUGGUCACAGAGCUGGUUAACUAUGGAGCCAAUGUCAACGCUCAGUCUCAGAAGGGCUUCACUCCUCUCUACAUGGCUGCACAAGAGAAUCACCUGGAGGUUGUGAAGUUUCUCCUGGAUAAUGGAGCCAAUCAGACCAUUCCAACUGAGGAUGGCUUUACCCCUCUUGCUGUGGCUCUUCAGCAGGGCCAUGAAAAUAUUGUGGCCCUGCUCAUCAACCACGGUACUAAGGGCAAGGUCCGCCUUCCCGCACUGCAUAUCGCUGCCCGAAACGAUGACACCCGAACUGCCGCUGUGCUUUUACAGAAUGACCCGAAUCCUGAUGUCUUAAGCAAGACAGGCUUCACGCCCCUCCAUAUCGCAGCCCACUAUGAAAACCUGAAUGUUGCCCAGCUACUUCUAAACAGAGGAGCUGAUGUGAACUUCACACCCAAGAAUGGGAUCACACCUCUACAUAUUGCAUCCAGGAGAGGAAAUGUCAUCAUGGUCAGACUUCUGCUGGACCGAGGAGCUAAGAUUGAUGCCAAGACAAAAGAUGAGUUGACUCCUCUUCACUGUGCUGCCAGAAAUGGCCAUGUGAGAAUAAUCGAGAUCCUUCUGGACCAAGGAGCUCCAAUACAGGCCAAGACCAAGAAUGGCCUGUCUCCAAUACACAUGGCAGCCCAGGGGGAUCAUUUGGACUGUAUCAGACAGCUAUUACAGUACAAUGCCGAGAUUGAUGACAUCACUCUAGACCACCUGACCCCAUUGCAUGUGGCGGCACACUGUGGACAUCAUCGCAUGGCCAAGGUUCUCCUGGAUAAAGGAGCCAAACCAAACACCCGUGCUCUGAAUGGCUUCACACCGCUCCAUAUUGCCUGUAAGAAGAACCACAUGCGUGUAAUGGACCUGCUAUUGAAGCAUUCUGCAUCCCUGGAAGCUGUAACAGAGUCAGGAUUGACCCCACUGCAUGUGUCCUCCUUUAUGGGUCAUCUGAAUAUAGUGAAGAUACUGAUGCAAAAAGGAGCUUCUCCGCAUGCCUCAAACGUGAAAGUGGAAACACCUCUGCACAUGGCAUCUCGAGCUGGUCACUGUGACGUUGCUGAGUUCCUGCUGCAAAACGCAGCUCCAGUGGACGCCAAAGCCAAGGAUGACCAGACGCCGCUACACUGUGCCGCCCGCAUGGGCCACAACGAGAUGGUGAAGCUGCUGUUGGAGCAAAAGGCAAACCCCAACUCCACCACAACAGCAGGACACACUCCACUGCACAUCGCUUCCCGCGAGGGACACACACAGACUGCCAGCAUCCUACUGGACAUGAAUGCCCAGCUCACCAAAAUGACCAAGAAAGGCUUCACUCCUCUUCAUGUAGCAGCCAAAUACGGGAAGGUGGAUGUAGCAGUGCUGCUUUUGGAGAGAGGAGCCAACCCAAAUGCUGCAGGCAAAGCUGGACUCACACCGUUGCAUGUGGCCAUCCAUCAUAACAACCUGGAUGUGGUCAAUCUUUUGCUCAGCAAAGGAGGCUCACCACACAGUGCCGCUCGGAAUGGCUAUGUUCCGCUCCACAUUGCUUCCAAACAGAACCAGGUGGAGGCAGCGAGCAGUUUACUGCAGCAUGGAGCUUCUGCCAAUGCUGAGUCAUUGCAAGGGGUCACACCGUUACACCUAGCCUCCCAGGAAGGCCAACCAGACAUGGUGCUGCUGCUUAUCUCAAAGCAAGCCAAUGUCAAUCUGGGCAAUAAGAGUGGUCUGACUCCUCUUCACCUCGUGGCUCAGGAGGGGCAUGUUGGCAUUGCUGAUAUACUAGUGAAACAUGGGGCGUCCGUCUACGCUGCCACACGGAUGGGUUACACUCCUCUUCAUGUGGCUUGUCAUUACGGCAGUAUCAAGAUGGUUAAAUUCCUCCUACAGCAACAGGCCAAUGUAAACUGCAAGACCAGGAUGGGAUAUACGCCGCUACAUCAGGCUGCUCAGCAGGGCCAUACGGACAUUGUGACACUUCUCCUGAAACAUGGCGCACAACCAAAUGAAAUUACGACUAAUGGCACAUCAGCUCUCGCCAUCGCAAAGCGCCUCGGAUACAUCUCAGUCAUUGAUGUUCUCAAACUGGUCACCGAAGAGACCGUUACCAUGACCACCACUGAAAAACAUCGCAUGAGUUUCCCGGAGACAGUUGAUGAGAUCCUGGAUGUGUCUGAAGAUGAAGGAAUUGCACAGCUUACGUUAGGCGAGGAGCUGCUGGGGAACGAUGGUGCCAGGUAUUUGAGGAUGGAGGACAUAAAGGACCAUGAUGAGGAUUUCCUUUCCCCCAAGAAUGUUCUAGAGAAUCAUUCCCCUGCUAUUCCAAGGAUCCCAUGUGUGUCUCCUGAAACAGUCAUGCUGAAAGAACAGGAAAUGGAGCAGCAGCACACCCCCCUUCCUCUGCCCAAGGAGUACGAUGAGGAUUCGCUGAUCCCCAGCAGUCCGGCCACAGAGACGUCAGACAAUGUCAGUCCGGUAGCGAGCCCCAUCCACACCGGUUUCCUUGUGAGCUUCAUGGUGGAUGCUCGUGGCGGCUCGAUGAGAGGCAGCAGACAUAACGGCCUGCGUGUCAUCAUUCCUCCUCGUACCUGUGCCGCUCCAACACGCAUCACCUGCCGCCUGGUGAAGCCGCAGAAACUUGCCACACCACCUCCUCUGGUGGAGGGUGAGGGUCUUGCCAGCCGUAUCAUCUCUCUUGGUCCAGCAAGCAUGCAGUUCUUAGGGCCUGUGAUUGUGGAGAUUCCCCAUUUCGCGGCACUCGGUCGGGGAGAUCGUGAGCUUGUGGUCUUGAGAAGUGAGAACGGAUCGGUCUGGAAGGAGCAUCACAAUCGUUAUGGUGACGAGGUCCUGGAGACAAUCCUCAAUGGCAUGGAUGAAGAUCUUGAGAGUCAGGAGGAACUUGGGAAGAAAAGGAUCAGGCGCAUCAUCUCCACUGACUUCCCUCUCUACUUUGCGGUGGUGUCCCGCAUCCAGCAGGAGAACGAUCUGAUUGGUCCAGAAGGGGGUUUUCUCGCCAGUAAGCUGGUGCCCAUGGUCCAGGCCAGUUUUCCUGAGACUGCCGUCACCAAGCGAGUCCGUCUCGGACUGCAGGCCCAGCCAGUCCCUGAUGAGCUGGUGGCCAAACUUCUGGGGAACCAAGCCACGUUCGGCCCUGUGGUGACAGUAGAGCCUCGUCGCCGCAAGUUUCACCGUCCCAUCGGCCUGAGGAUCCCACUGCCUCCCUCCUGGAAGGAGAGUCCACGGGACACAGGCGAGGGCGACACCACCAGCCUCCGCCUGCUCUGCAGCGUCAUCGGUGGCACGGCUCCUGCCCAGUGGGAAGACAUAACUGGUACCACCAAACUUAUAUAUGCCAGUGACUGUGCCAAUUUCACCACUAAUGUCUCUGCCCGUUUCUGGCUGGCAGACUGUCCUCGGACCGCAGAGGCCGUGACCUUUGCUAACCUCCUGUACCGCGAGCUUUCAGCCGUGCCGUACAUGGCCAAGUUUGUAGUUUUUGCAAAGAUGAAUGAAGCCCGAGAGGGACGCCUCCGCUGUUAUUGCAUGACUGAUGACAAAAUGGACAAAACCCUGGAGCAGCACGAGAACUUUACUGAAGUGGCUCGCAGCAGAGACAUAGAGGUCAUGGAGGGAAUGCCGCUGUAUUUGGAGUGUUCAGGAAACUUGGUUCCCGUUAGGAAGGCGGCCCAGCAGCCCCGCUGUUUUAACUUCCAAGCCUUCAGAGACAACAGACUGCCUGUUUCUGUCAAGGUGAGGGACAGCAGUAAAGAUCCCUCUGGCUUCUUGUCUUUCUUGCGCAAAUCAACCAAAUAUGAAGAUAAUCAGCAUGUGUUGUGCAAUCUCAACGUUACCAUGCCGCCAUGCAUUAAGAUUAUAGGAGGUGAUGAGCGAAGGAGAACUCUGACUCCUUUGGCUCUGAGGGAAAGAUACAGUGCUCUAAAUGAACCAGCCAUGGCAUCACUGAGCGCCAUGGAAAGGACGGAGUUAAAGAUGGCUUUAAUAGCUGAACAGCUAGGCCUGAGCUGGGCUGAGUUGGGACGUGAACUGCAGUUUAAUGUAGAUGAAAUAAAUAAGAUCCGUGUGGAGAAUCCCAACUCCCUUUUAGAGCAGAGCUCAACACUGCUCAACCUGUGGGCCGCUCGAGAAGGGAAGAGAGCCAAAAUGGACAGCCUGUACAUGGCCCUCAAGAGCAUUGACCGAAUGGACAUUGUGAACAUGUUGGAGGGCCAGGGACCACCAACAGGUCAGCAGGGGGGCUGGGAGCAAGAUGCUUCCAGGUCUAGGCAUCAUGAGAGAGACCAUCUAUCCCCUGGCAUCACAAAUGGUUACGGGCUGGUGGUACAGGAAGAACUAGUUUCACCGGCCUCCAUGCAGUACAGUCUACCUUCGCCACUGGGCAAUGAGCCCUACUGGCAAGAAGUCUCGAGCAUGGAGUGUGCACCCAUCGCUACCACCGAAGAGGACACACUCAUGGAGAUGUCUGAGGUACAGGUUUGGCCCUCAGGCAAUAGUCCUUCCAUUGUGACUGUAGAGGACUCUUCACUGGAGUGCAGCAAUGCUGAUGACUCCGAGGCGCUACUGAACAGGAGUCUGGGCCCCUCAAGGAGCGGGACUCCCGGUGCAAACGGACCAGUGGGACUUUCUGCUCAGGGAGGGUUAAGUGGUUCCAUCGAGUUACUUGAGGAUCAAUCCAUUGGGGCGGAUUCAGAUUACAGUCCUGCUGGGAUGCUGUGUCUGAGUGAAGGGGUCAACAUCAAUGCUCUGGACAGAGGUCAGGGUUUGGAGAGGUCAGUAGGGGCUGUAGGUCAAGAAGUCAGCAACAUUAAAGACGGUUCCAGUGCAGGUUUGGGAGAAGGAGGAGGUGACGGCACAAUCUUAGAAGAUAGCAUAUCUCUCAUUUCAGGGCAACAGCGAGUUUAUGCUCGAAUGAAUGAGUCACCUGGGCUACGAAGACGGGCAGAUCCUGGUGAUGACAGGUUAAGUGGUGGGUCCUUCCUGUCUUAUCUACAGGAUCAGGGGGCUCCUGGUUGGCACUCGGCCCCAGAACCAACCCAGAACAGAGUGGGGUCUCUACAAUGCUCCCUACCUAGACAGGCAAUGGAGUCUAUGAUGUCAUCAGUACAAGCCACAGUGGACUGUGAUUCUAAGCAGUCUUGCCUAGCCCAGGAAGCCCUUAUUGAACCAGUGCGUGACAUGGGGCAUUCUGAGAUCAUCCACGGGCAUUAUCAAGGAACUCAGCCAUUUGAGAAAGGUCUAGGCUUCCCGCACAGAACAGCUAACAUUCGGGGUUGGGAGGACAUGCGUCUAAGAGGACAGGGUGAUGAGGCAGAGGAUCUUCCAGGAGAGCAAGUGAGCGAGGAGCAAUUUACAGAUGAGCAUGGCAACAUCGUCACCAAAAAGAUUGUGAGGAAGGUGGUCCGGAGAGGAAAAGGGGAGGAAGGGGGUCAGGAGCUCAUCAUAGAAGGGCUGCCGCAGGAUAUCAAUGAGCCAGACGUUGAUGGAGAACAGUACAUGAGCUAUGCCGUCCUGGGCCGUGACAGCAAGCCGGAUGUUGUGGAUGUGAAGAGGGGAGGUAUUCAAAUAGUCAAAUGUGCGAGUCUGCGGAGAGUAAAGCAGUGAGUCUGACUCCCUCCUCCCUCCAGGACUUGACACCUACACCCAAACCAUCCUUCACUGGCACAUGAUGAGCGUCAAAUAAAGAAGAAAACCAAACUAGAGCGCUGGCGAUAGGCGAUGGAUAUCAACUACAAAAAAGAGAUUUUAGGACUUUUUUAACAAGCAAAACAAACACUAGUGGAUAGAAGCAUGAUUUCUUAUAAAAUGAAACCAAACCAUGAAAAAAAAAAAGCAAGCAUCUGAGAAGUGCUUCCUGUAAUCUCAAUAUCAGCAUGUGAAAGUGCUGUCGCAUGGCCUGCCUUUACAAACAGCACUGACUGCAAGCAGUUAUGAGGUGAGAAAAUACUGUCGUACCGCAAGGGCUGUUAAAUGGUGGGGGGAAGGACUUUGGCCAACUGGAUGUGGUUUGGGGGCACGUGGGACACAAAUGCUAGAGCAAGAGUUUCCUGAAAUUUAGUCUUCCAGAACACAAUACUACUGAAAAGGUUUCCCACCAGGAGUCGUCUGACCCUCUUGUACUGCUAUUAUACAUAAUAUGCACUCAAAUAUGAUGUGAAUGUACCCUCUGUGUGCGUGUGUUCUUUUACACAGCCAAAAAAAAAAAAAAAGACAACAACCUAUGCGAUGCUGCUGCUGUCUCAAUACUUGCUCCUGAAUUCUUGUUCAGUCCAAUAGUACAUGUCUUGUGUAUUGUAAAGGUAUAAUUGUGUAGCAAACGAGCUGUGAAGUCCUGUGUUGCCUGAGAUAGACUAGGCUCAAGGGUUGCAGUUUGAAUGUUUUCAGUGGGAUACAGUACAUUGGACGUACUUUCACAUCACUGUGGGGCUCUGUAUGUACACGUUUGCAGCGCUGCAGCAAGAUUGUUUUUGUUCUGUAUACAUUGCAAACCUCUGCGUCAUAUGAGCUUCCUCUUAAUAACUUGAUAUGCACAGAGGAGCUUAUAAGCGUUAUAUUAACAUUUGCAUUAUCCACCUUUAGCAUUUGUGUUAUAGUGGAAAGACUUUCUUCCGAGUCCUUCUGAGCAAAAAGGCUGCUUUUUUUUUUCUUUUUUUUAAAAGAAAAAUGAUAUUUAAAAAAGUCUAAUCUUUCAGUGAAGUAAAAUUGUUUGGAAACUGUAGAUAAAGGCUGUUAGUACAUUAAAAUAAUAAUUGAUAAUUAAUCUUGUGGUUUGUUUUGUAGGUAAUCAUUCAACAUAUUCCCUAUUAAGGAAAGAAAAUACAAAAUUAUGGUGCAAAGAUAUUUGGUAACACUUUACAAUAAGAUACAAAAUUUGCUGGCAUUAGUUAACAUCACUAACAAUAAAAACUACUUCUAAAGCAUUAUUAAUCUUAGUUUGUUAAUUUUUAAAUAAUUAUUCUUCUACAAUAUGGAAUCCCUUUAAUCCCAUAUCCAGAUAUAACUUAAGCCCAAAGUGUACUUUUAUGCUUAAAUAUCAUCAUCAUCAGCAUAGUACCUGCAUGCUGUACACACACAGACUAUACUGAAGUAUAUGCUGGGCUUCACAGGUUUACAGUGGGAUAUGAAAGCUUGGUUAGUGACCUUGGUUUGCCAAUUAUUGGCAAAACAUUUAAUACUAGUAUUACUACUACUACUAUUACUAAUAUAACUUCACUGAAAGGUUAGAUUUUUUUCUCCUCAUCUUAUAGACAUUUCUUAACAGUAUAUUUUUCAUUGUCUUUUUGUUCACCAUUACAGAUGGUACUAAUACUCGUGGUGUGCACUAUAUAUUCAUUUUAGGGAGAACAACACACUCUGUAUUGUUUCUCAUUUUUAAAACCAAACAUUUUCAUUAAUGAGAAUAGAUGUGUAAUGAUUUUUUUAGGCACUCAACACAUGCUUGACAAAAAGGUGUGAACAAUACAGUCAUCUUUGCCUCUCUUAUGCUUGAUGAAGACACGUAGCCACUGAGCACUGUGAUCAGACUGUUCACUGUCCCACAGCAGAGCAGACCUGACUUCAUACACACAAACACACACACACACACACUAAUUAUAAUGUGGAUUAUCUGGACCUGCACUGAUGUUAUUCUUUUCCACUCGUAUCGUUCUUCAGGAGUUUUUUUAGCUACAGCAGACAGUCCAGUUGCAGAGCUGUUGUUUCCAUGCACGGCUCAGCACAAUAUCAUAUUAUGCAAACGGUGAUCACUGCAGCACUGGUUGGCCAUCAUCCCAACUGCAUGGCCUCCAU